AUGGGGGAAGAACAAGUCAGCGGUAUGAACACACCUGCAGACACCGUGCCUAAGGUUGCAACACCUUCAAUUGCAAUUCCCAAACCCAAGCUGCCGCUGCCUGCAAUGCGCACACCCACUACCUCGACCGACACACCUCGCGAAUGGAAUACCUCCAAGCUCGGUCUACGCAUCGGCGUCGACGCCCUCUCAGCAGGUGCAGCAGGGAUACUUGUCGCACCCAUCAUAACCAUGAUCGAUAAAGGCAUAAUCGAAAACGCAAGUGGCAGGAACACAUUGGGCGUCAGUCUAAAGAAGAGUGCUGUGGAAUUACUAGCAAAACCCCACCACUUUGUGGGAAGCAAGCCCUUCAUUCUCAUCUUCAGUCUGUACUUUGGAACCUACUUUACGGCGAACAGUAUCGAUACAGCUUCUGCGACCGUGAAGCCUACACAAGGGUUACAGGAGCAGACGAGCGGGACGAGCAAGUUUCUAGCUACGAGUACAGCAAAUCUAGCGUUAUGUCUGUACAAGGACAACCAGUUUACGCGGCUUUUUGCUGCACCGGGAUCGUCUCCACGGCCUGUUCCAUUGCCAACCUUUGCGCUUUUUACAGUUCGCGAUUGUCUUACCAUUUUUGCUUCUUUCAACUUGCCGCCUCUGCUCGCGCCGAAGGUAGACGAGCGCAUGGGCGAUGAAGUGAAGAAGUAUGUUGGAGCGCUGAGCGUUGCGCAGUUUGUUACGCCUGCUGCUGUUCAGCUUGUGAGCACGCCUUUGCAUUUGCUGGGUCUCGAUCUGUACAACAGGCCUGAUGCUGCGGUGGGUGGUGUUGAUGGAAGGGCGGGUCGCGUAGUGAGGGAUUGGGCCAAGAGUGCUGCAGCAAGAAUAUGUCGUAUUGUACCUGCGUUUGGUGUUGGUGGUGUGGUUAACACCAAGGUACGAAAGAACAUGAUGGGAAGGCUUGAAGAGUAG